AUGUCAGACAAGCUCAAGGAACGCAGAAGCCAUCGGAAAUUCACAAACUUCUGUUCCCAGAGAACCCGCGUUUCCCACAAAGUGAUAGAAAAGCGGCGGAGGGACCGGAUUAACCGCUGUUUGAACGAGCUGGGCAAGACGGUGCCCAUGGCCCUGGCGAAGCAGACCUCCGGGAAGCUGGAGAAGGCGGAGAUCCUCGAGAUGACCGUCCAGUACCUGCGGGCGCUGCACUCGGCUGACUUUCCCCGGGGAAGGGAAAAAGAACUGUUAGCAGAGUUUGCCAACUACUUCCACUACGGCUACCACGAGUGCAUGAAGAACCUGGUGCAUUACCUCACCACCGUGGAGCGCAUGGAGACCAAGGACACCAAGUACGCGCGCAUCCUCGCCUUCCUGCAGUCCAAGGCCCGCCUGGGCGCCGAGCCCGCCUUCCCGCCGCUGGGGUCGCUCUCGGAGCCGGAUUUCUCCUAUCAGCUGCACCCAGCGGGGCCCGAGUUCGGGGGCCACAGCCCCGGGGAGGCCCCCUUCCUAGCGCCGGUGCAGGGCCUGGAUCGACACUACCUCAACCUGAUCGGCCACGCCCACCCCAACAGCCUCAACCUGCACCCGCCCCAGCACCCCCAAGUUCUCUGACACCGGCCGCCCGCCCGCUUUCUCUGGGCACGGGCCGCUGCGCUGCUUAGGAGAUACUGCGUGUUGCACAGGUGUAUAUAGUGUCCCGACCAACAGCGGGUGGGGAAGGCCAAGUGCAAAGCAAGUCUUCUGAACGGUCUCCCCCGGCAAUAAAUGUGUUCUGUU